AUGGUCAAGAAUCCUAGCCAACGCGUUAACAUGUGUCCUGCCCCAGAAUUGAUAUUAGACGAGAUAGGUGACCAGACCAGUAAAACAAUCACCAAACGCCGACUAAACUACCGAGCCCCCACCAACACCCCUAAAAUACCCAAGCAAACGAAUCACGAUCAAAACAAGUGUCUCAAUGAUCAAUCUAUUAAAAAACUCCAAACAAACACGCAAGUGUCACACUACCACAUAACACACCACACUCACGUAACCGUUUUCCACCCACCGCCACUCCUUCUUAACCACACAACAAUACCAACAUCCCGCCCUUCCCCCGCGCCAGCUGCACCUAAACCCCCACAUGCCUACCACGACCCAUCCGUAACCAGCCCCCCAAAAUCCUAUCCACCACCCCCUAUCCAAAUCACCCAACCAACUCUCAAGUACCCCACCCACAAAACAAUCCCUCCCAACCACUUCAACCCCCCCGACACCGACCACAGUGACAAUGUAAUGUCUUACAUCCAUACCGGACCCCCAGACUUUAACUCGCCACUCCCCAUCAACAACUACACUACCCAAGCAACCUGCACACUCACAUAA